UCUCGCACAGAGUUCUAUAUAUAAAUUGCCGGCUACACGAGCGUCCCAAGCCAGUUUUGUGUACGUAAUCAGCGGAUAAAUAUCGUUGGUAUCCAACAACUCUUUUUUUUCGUGUAUAGUGAUUGUUUGGCCGUGUUUUAUAAAAGUUACAGUAAUCCCGAAUCGUAGAAAAUGACUAUCGAUUUUUACUACUUACCUGGAUCUGCUCCGUGCCGCGCUGUUUUGAUGACAGCCAAAGCUGUUGGAGUGGAACUUAACUUGAAACUCGUCAAUCUAAUGGCUGGAGAACAACUAAAGCCUGAAUUUCUAAAGAUUAAUCCCCAACAUACAAUUCCGACCAUGGUUGAUGGUGACUUAAAUUUAUGGGAAUCUCGUGCCAUUAUGGCAUAUUUGGUGGAAAAGUAUGGCAAAACCGAUUCCCUUUAUCCGAAAGAUCCAACCAAACGUGCUGUUGUCAAUCAACGCAUGUACUUCGACAUGGGAACGCUGUACGAUCGUUUCGCCACUUACUACUAUCCGCAAAUCUUUGCCAAGGCACCAGCGAAUCCGGAAAACUUCAAGAAAAUGGAAGAAGCCGUUGAAUUCUUGAACAUAUUCUUGGACGGACAAACAUAUUCGGCUGGGGAAUCGUUGACAUUGGCCGAUAUCACAUUGGUUGCCACCAUUUCGUCGUAUGAUCUAGCUGGUUUCGAUCUGAGCAAGUAUCCGAACGUUGAGAAGUGGUAUGCUAAGUGCAAGGCAACAACACCGGGAUAUGAUCUAAAUGAAGCUGGUCUUGCCGAGUUCAAGAAAUUCUUUUCUCAUUAAAUAGUUAGUUUUUAGAUUGUGUGGCACAAUAACACAUUGUAUUUGAUUUUGCAUUUCAAUUAAAAUAGCACUCAUUCUAUAUGUGAGAACAAG